UCCCAGACGCUCCUUGGUUGCUGAGGCAGACACCCCUGGAAGACGUUUUUUCCCCCUCAAAAUUCUAUCUUUAUAGUUUUAUAAUUACAAAAAAAAAAAAAAAAAGCUUAGAUAUGAGGAUUCUUUUCUGCAAAAGAACAACUCCCUUGGUACAACCAAAAAGACCAGUGUUUACUUUUCAUUAAAAGUGGAAGAACCUGGAAAGCAGAUUGGAAAGAAGUAGCUGGAAAAGUGAGAGGAAAACUGAAUGUUUGUAAUCUUGGAAGCCAUUUGAGAAUGGAGCCCACUUGGUAUACUAGCAGAUGAAGAAUUUAAGGAGGAUGUCUAUCUUUAUUCUCUUUAGCAACUGAGAGUCGGCUCUGGGAACCAUCAGGCACCAUGGGGAAGCGGGACAAUCGGGUGGCCUAUAUGAAUCCUAUAGCAAUGGCCAGAUGGAGGGGCCCAUCUCAAUCUGCAGGCCCAACAAUACAAGAUUAUCUGAAUCGACCAAGGCCCACCUGGGAAGAAGUGAAGAAACAAUUAGAAAAUAAAAAGAAAGGCUCCAAGGCAUUAGCUGAAUUUGAAGAAAAAAUGAAUGAGAAUUGGAAGAAGGAACUAGAAAAAAGCAGAGAGAAAUUAUUAAGUGGAAAUGAGAGCUCAUCCAAAAAAAGAGAAAGAAAGAAAAAGAAAAAGAAGAAAUCUUGUCAAUCUUCUUCUACAUCAAGCUCUGAUUCUUCAAGCAGUUCUUCAGAUUCUGAGGAUGAGGAAAAGAAACAAGGAAAAAAGAGAAAGAAAAAGAAGAACCGGUCAUACAAAUCAUCAGAAAGCUCUACAUGUGAAUCUGAAUCAGAGAGCAAAGAAUCUGUAAAAAAGAAAAAGAAGUCAAAGGAUGAAACAGAGAAAGAAAAGUAUAUUAGAAGUCUCAGCAAAAAAAGAAAGAAGACUUGUCCUGAGGAUAAACCUUUAUCAUCGGAGUCCUCAUCAGAAUCAGAUUAUGAAGAGGAGGUACAAGCAAAAAAGAAGAGAAGACGUGAAGAGCGAGAAAAAGCAACGGAAAAAGCAAAGAAGAAGAAGAAGAAACAGCACAAAAAACAUAGUAAGAAGAAGAAAAAGUCAGGUUCAAGCCACAAGUCCGGAUAA